CUGGGUGACAGAGUGAGACCCUGUUUCUAAAACAAACAAAAAAAUAGACAAAAUGAUUUUUUAAAUGAAACUUCACAUGUUGUUAGUAGAAUUCACAUGGAAGAGCAAAAUGUCAAUAGUGGCCAAGGCAAUCUUGAGGAAUCAUAAAUUUGCAGUCUCUCCUUGACAAAUCUUUUUAUUAUUAAAAAACUAAUUAACACAAUAUGAUAUUACCAAUAAAAAAACAGUUAAAUGGGGGUCAGGCCCGGACCUGUGCCACCUCAAGAUGUAAAGUGUAACACGGGGGUCGGGGUGGGCAGCGUGGGCCUGUGAGGCCUGUGGGGCCUGUGGGUGUCCUCAUCCCCCCAGCUCCCCCCACAGCCGGUUCCACAGUGGUCUACUCCAGUUGCCUCGUGUGGAUUCAGGUUCCAGACUGAAGGCCAGCUCUUCUCCAGUGCCCUCCACCGCCCCUGCCCCUGUCCACAGCUCCCCCCACAGCCAGUUUCGCAGUGGUCUGCUCCAGUUCCAGACUGAAUGCUACUGAUUCCAAGUGCUGGGGUUACUGGGGCGACCACCAGAACAGCCUUGGCGCUAUGUAGUAGCCGGGUGCUACUCCUGAGCCCUACCUGAGGCUGGUCAUGGAGAAGCUACACAGGAUUGUGGCAGCACUGCUGGAAAGUAUGGUAUCAAAUUCUAAUGGUUUUCCAUGGGAAUUAGUGAUAUGGGCAGGUGUUAUUGGAUUUGUUGCUAUUCCCCUUUUUCUGUGGAGAUGUUUUAGAUCAGUCAGGAGUCAGCUAUAUGUGGGAAGAGAGAAAAAGCUUGCUCUAGAGCUUUGUGAGCAAAUUAAAGAAAAAUGUAACCUACUUGAAAAAUUUAGUUUUCUACAAAAAAGCUAUGAAGGCUAUGAAAGAGAGUCAUCUUUACAGGACGUCAGCCUUGAGAACCAGGCAGCAGAAGCAGAAAGUUUGGGGGCAACAUGUGAAAAGCUGAACAGAUCCAUUUCUGAAAUGGAGGAUGAAAUACCAUAUCUGAAAAAAGAGUUAAAAGAAGAGAAAUACCAACAUUGUAGACAACAUCAGUUUAUGGCGGAUAUUUCAGAAAUAAAACAGUCUCUAGAAGACCUGUCAAAAUCCCUUAAAUCACAGCUAGCUGAAGCCAAAAUGCCCUUAAACAUAUUUCAAAUGAAUGUUGAACAACUGAAGAUCGUGAUAAAAGAUGCUUUGAAUGAAAAUUCUCAACUUCAGGAAAGCCAGGAACAUCUUUUGCAGGAAGCUGAAGCAUGGAAAGAACAAGUGAGUGAACUUAAUAAGCAGAAAAUAAUAUUUGAAGACUCCAAAGUUAACACAGAACAAGUUCUAAAUGACAAAGACGAUCACAUCAAGACGCUGACUAAACACUUCCUGAAGAUGAAAGAUUGGGCUGCUGUGCUUGGAGAAGACAUGAUGGACGAUCAUAACUCAAAAGUAGAAAUGAAGAGUGAAUCAGAACGUGGCGCUUCCUUAGCUGAUUCUCCAAAAGGAGCUUUGAAGAAACUGAUUGAUGCUGCUAAGUUAAAUGCAUCUUUAAAAUGUUUAGAAGGAGAAAGAAACCAAAUUUAUAUUCAGUUGUCCGAAACUGAUAAAACAGAGAAGCAGCUUAUGGGGCAUAUUAAACAGCUUCAGUCUGAACAAGCAUCUUUACAGUCAGAAAACACAGAUUUUGAAAGUGAGAAUCAGAAGCUUCAACAGAAACUUGAAGUAAUGACUGAAUUACAUGAAGAAACGACAAUGAGACUUUACAAAACAUUCACUGUAGAAGAAAAUGACCAGUUAGAGAGACAAGGGAAACUUUCUAAACAAGAGGAAAAGAUCAACUGUACCACUGACCAGCUGGAGAAGUAUAGAAAGCAAGCUGAACAUCUUGAAGAAGAGUUGGAAAGAAUGAUCCUUUCUUAUCAAGAGCAGAUUUUACUCCUUAAGAAAAAAGCACAUGACAAUUGGUUGGCAGCUCGGACUGCUGAAAUAAACCUCAAAGGAUUAAGGAAGGAAAAUGCUAAGUACAGACAAAAAUUAGCUGACACAGAGAUGAAAUUCAAAUUUUUACACAAAGAUCCUUCUACAGUUGAUGUUCCAAACACAGGAUUUGGCAGAGAGCAUUACACCUAUGUUACCGAUAUGAGAAGAGGAACUCCUUUCCCCCCACCUCCUCCAGGAACCCUGUUUGGAGUUUCUCCACAUGAUUUUCCACCAAGCGAUUUCCCAGAUCCACCAUAUGCUCCAUUCGCAGUGAGGAGUGCCUAUCCACCCAGGGGUUUUCCUCCGAAUCUUCCACCAAGACCUGGAUUUGUUCCCCCAACCCCCAAAUAUUGAAGGUAAAAGCGAGUUCCUUGCAGGGUUGAUUCCAUCUCCUAAUGACUCUGCUACUGAACAAAAAUAAUUCUGAUUGACCUCGAGUUCCCUUCAAGACACUUCUGCCUUCCAAUAAGCCUGCUAUUGAACAUCCAAAACAACAGCAAGACAGCUGGCAGUCCCUGUGUUCUCCUCCAAAGUAGUUGUUACUGACCUUGAGUCUCCAUCAAGAUUGAUUCCAACUUAGAGUGAGCCUGCCACUGAACAUCUGACAUCACAACAACAAAGCUGGCGGUCUUUGUGUUCUCCUCCCAAGUAGUUGUGACUGCUCUUGAGUCCCCAUCAGGGUUGACUCUGCCUUCAAGUGAGCCUGCCACUGAUCAUCCAGCACCAGAACAAGAAAGCUUGUGGUCUUUGUGUUCUCUCCCAAGUAGUUGUGACUGAUCACGAGUCCCUGUCAGGGUUGAUAUCACCUUCAAGUGAGCCUGCUAGUGAACAUCUGGCACCACAGCAGGAAAGUUGGCAAUCCUUAUAUUCUCCUCCCAAGUACUUUGGAAGAAUGUUGAGUCCCCAUCACGAUUAACCUUUGCCUUCAAGUGAGUCUGCUACUGAAUGAACAUUUAACAGCACAACAGGAAACCUGGCAAUCUUGUUAUUUUCCUCCCAGCUAUUUGUGACUGAUCUCAAGUCCCCGUCAGGGUUGACUCUGCC